UGAAAAUCAAAAAGUUGAAGGAAGUUCAAAACGAGCCUGGUUUUCUCAUCUGUCCCCGAACGACAGAACAGACACCGCCGCUGUAACAGCUAUCCUUGCCGCCGCCGCCACUGGACGGUCACCUCACUUACCGCUGCUGUAGAUUCAUCUACAAAUUCGUGGAUGUUGUGUUUACACAAUGUUACAAUGGAUGGGUGGAUCAAGGCGGAAAGUGACAACACCCCUCCCUCUUAUAGGAAAAAAAAAUCAUACAGAAAGAUGUCUUUGUCUCAUCUUGUGUUUUAUGUUUUGCACGUCAUUGCAUUUCAUUGCACUGGGGAUGGGGAUGGUCACUCGCAGUCAAGAACAUCAACUCAUAAAAGGCAAAAGCAGUAUUUUGAGCAAAGGAAACGACAUCACCAGCACCACAGAACUGGCUUUGAGAGCUAUGCUGAUGGAAGACACUCAUACACAGAAAAUAAUAGAUCGCUUGAUGUACUUAGCCUGGCAAAUGUAUCAGCUGUAGCUCAAGAACUCGCAGCCAGUCGCGUCAAUGAAGCUGGGGAUAACUCUGAGGAUUGUGAUUUCACUUCAGACCAUCAAUACAGACUACCUUAUCAAGUUACUCUUGAUGCUGAAGACCUUUCUGUGGAUCAAGUUCAAAUCAAAGAAGAAGGAACUCCAUCAAGCUAUGGCACAGAGGCUGUAUAUUCACAAAAGGUUCCAACUCAUUUGCAGGACGACAAUGAAAAUUUACUCGGAAACGAGAACAAACUUGAUCCUUUCAAGUUGUCUGCGACUCUCUCAGAGAUAUCUGUCAUUGAUUUGCUAAGUGACAGCAGACCAAAUACUAAAGCAGAAAAAAAGUCAGCUCAUGCGCAGGAAGCUCAUGUUUCAUUUUCAGUUGAAGGUUUAGGGAAAGUGGAAACAGAAACUCCGGUACAGUCACCAAAUAUACAUGGCAGACCAUUUCCAAAUUAUUUGUCUCCCCCAAAAAAAGCAAGGCGACAACCUUCAACAUCCAAACACACUAAUUAUGGCUUUCAUGACCCUGAGUCCCAAGUGGAUUUUGAUAUUUCGCCAUAUUACAGUUCAAUAGAUCAGACUUUCUGCUCCAAGGACAUGAUGAAUAUCAUUGGUGAUCCAAACCUGGUGUUCUCAAAUCACAGAUGUUCCUCUCCACUAAACUGGGACGGUAGUAACUCUCAGGGUGCUUUUGACAAUGAUGAACUCAUUUACAACAUUCGAGACAGUGGAAGAAACCUAUGGAAUGGUCCUAGCUUCUUAGAAGACAGUAUUGAUGACCUGGGAGAACAUGAAAUAUUCUGCAAGAACUGGGAUGAUCAAGGCAGUGUUCCUUGUGAUGAUUAUUUUCAUGACAAUGACAUAUGGAAGCAGGGCUUCAAUUUUGGUGGCCAGAGUCUAACGAAGAGAAGGUUCAACACUGAAAGAACUGAAAAUUUUGAUAUAAGAGUUUCACCAGUUGUUUAUUCAAAGCAUCAUACCGCUGAAGACCUUUCUGAUAAAAUCUCGAAUACAAGGUAUUCAGCUGUAAGAAUCGAUGAUGAUGUAAAAGAUCCUGUUAACCGCUUUGCUAGAGAUGAUAAUAGAGAAAGCUUGAGCCUGCUGAGGUUUUGCAUUCGCCAAUUUUAUUCAACCUGAAAUACUUAUUUUUACUUUUUAACUGAUUUGUUUUAUGUCUUACUUCGAGUCCUUAACAGUGAAGAAUCAUGCUCUUCAACAGCAGUGAGGGGUGAUGCGACCAGGAAAUCAUGAGAAGCACAUUAAUGCUUUUACCUAAAGAGUCGAGCUCUUUGAUUUCUGUGUUGAUGUUAGAGUUUUAUAAUGCUUUACUGGAGAUUGAAUGUAUGGGAUCAGCUUUCGAACGUUGGGUAUGUUUUCAUAUGCAAAAAGCAACCAUUGUAUUGUUGGGUGAUAUGUUUAGGAUAUUUCAAGUUCUUCAUAUCUGAUUGUUGAAAAGGUUCAAACUUUGAACUUUUGGACCUUUCUUCCUUGCAUGGUUGCAUGUUGCAGGGAGAUUGAUGGGACAAAAUGAGGGUAUCUAAUGUAUCUGUCAAUUUUAGUUUUCUGUAAAUGAGCCGAGUUGAGCUGAGCAGAGUCCACUUUAUAAAACACUCAGAUAACUUUAAUAAUUGAUCUAUUAUUCAAAAGAGCUAAAUGGAUGACAAGACAAUGUAGCAUGUAUGAAAUAUAUAUUUGC